AUGUCCACAGCCACCACAGGCGGUGUCUAUUUGUUGGCGAAGCCACACAACAAUGGUGUGGUUGUCACUUCCCCUGCUGCACAUGCUACAGCAACUGCCACCACCACUGGUACUAUCACUACCAACCAACAACAACAACAACAACAUGCCAACACACAUCAACAUCAUCAUCAUCAUCAUGCCAACAACUCAAUUGUUGUUGACAGAGAUGUAGUUGUUGGAGGAGAUGGAGGAGGCCCGAUGAUCGUGCGGGGCAUGUACCCACCACAACCUGGCCUCAACCCACCACAACAUGCAGCAUUUCCAACACACACAUCAUCAAUCAAUCAGACGCCAACAACAAAUCACCACCACCUCCACCACCACGCGCCCCCACCAAUCAUGGCGGCACCAACCACGCACUUCAUCAAUCACAGUAGUGGUGAGAACAAUACCAAUAAUGGAAAUAGUAAGGCGACAACCGUGUCCAUCACCGAUCCAGAGGACAUCAGAGGAAACAACACCAACAGUAACAGCACCAACAGCAUCAGCAGUAGCAGUAGUAUUAGAAGUAGUAGUAGUAGAGGAGGUAGUAAUAAUCAGGCGAGGAUUAGUAGUGGCAUGCAGUCAAACCACGCGCCGCCUUCAUACCCAACCGACGUCCAUUUUGCCAAUCACACGGGCGACCCUGUACCGCCCCAGUCCACGAUGAACAAUCAUCCAUCUCAUGGUGAUGGCAGUGGCAGUGGCAGCAGCAACAGCUGCCAGGGCGUCACGACAUGGAACGGCCACAGCAACUGUGGUGGAGAUUGUUGUUGUGCAGAUGCUGAUGGAUGUGGUCAGCGAGACCUGACCACAACCAGUGAACAACAUCAAGUUACAUUAGAUGUUGGUGGAGUUGUUGGUGGAGUUGGUGGAGUUGUUGGAGGAGUUGGAGUUGGAGUGGAAGACAUAGUAGUUGAGGACUCUGAAAGGCCCCUCACUGCCAGUCACUACCAGUCUCAAAGUAGCAUCAGCCACAGCAACAGCAACAGUAUCAUCGCCAAUGACAUUAGCGUCAGUGGAGACACAGACAACAAACCAAACAACAACAACAAUAUGUUAAAUCGUCCGGCUAUGGCCGGCUCAAUGUCGGUCAUCAUCCCGUCGACUUCCUUCAACAUGACGCCAGUCAUGCUCAACUCACAGCAAUUCUCUCCCAACUAUGCCCUGCGUUGUCAAAAGUCUACAGUACCAUAUUUCCAUGGAACAGUUCAUAGUCCAUGCUCAAUCAGUGAUAGUUCAGCAGCAGCGAUCAAUGUCAACCAGGCCAAUGCACAGUUGUCCCCUCAUGUGAUCUACAGUCCGCAUCAUCCACAAUCACAGCCACUAUACACAUUUAAUCAUCCACCACCACAACAACAACAACAGCAGCAGCAACAGCAACAGCAGUACUAUACCACGCCUACCACUUCAAUAUCAUCGACUACUCAAUCAUCAUCACAAUCACAACACAUGCAACAGCAGCAAGUACUGCACCCACAAAACACACAGACUCAGACACAGACUCAGACCCAGACUCAGACUCAGACACAGACACCACAACCCCUGAAUCAAAGCUCACCGAUACAUUCACCACCGCCACACCAAACACCAUACAGCGAGUUGGACAGCGAUGCAUCACACUCAGCGUUUGGUGGAGACGACACCGAUCCAUACUCUGUGAGCGACUUUGGCAGCACACCAAGUUUGAUGAGCACACCAUAUGGCCAGACGCCACCCUAUCCAUUCUCGUCGUCCACGUCGUCGGCACACCAUCAGGCACAGCUUAUGUCGUCCACGGGCGCCCCCAUCAUCAACAGCUUUGGCUACCAGAUAUGCGGCUUCCUGAACCAACACGAUCGCCCAUGCCAGAGGAUUGGCCGCUGUCCAUUCCACGAUGCCAAGAAGACCCAGAUGCAGCAAUCGCAGCAGCAGGUGCAGACAAACGGACAACUGGACCAAUCAGUCGACGGCCACCAGUCUCCAUCGACCGACCCACUCUCCCCAGGCACCAAUCAGCAGCAGCAACAACAGCAGCACCAACAGCAACAGCAACAACUUGGCACACAUUCUUCGUCAUUGUCCUCUCCCAACAUGGAGCAGUACAAUGAUCAGGGCGCCGCGCAAGACGACCAGGCACAACAACAAAAGGCUGAUCAACCAAAGAAGAAGACAAAGAAGAAGAAGGAUAAGGAUGCACCACCCUUUAAGCAGGGAUGGUCGCAAGAGGAGCACAUCAGAUUCCUUCAUGGCAUCAGCAUGCAUGGCAAGGGUUCGUGGAAGGACAUCGCAUGUGUGGUCGGCACUCGCACGCCCACGCAGAUCCAAUCGCAUGCCCAAAAGUAUUAUCUCCGUCAGAAGCAGACCACAAAGAACAAGCGCAGUAUCCAUGAUCUGUCCCUAGACGAGUUGUUACAAAUAGAGAGUACAAACUUGAGUGGCGCGUCCCAGACCAAGUCCAAGAAGAGCAAGUCCAAGUCAAAGAAGAAGGCGAAGCAUGUAUCUGAUGAUGAUGAAGAAGUUGGCGAACAACAGAAGCAACAGCAACAACAUAGGGCACCACAGGACACAUAUCCUCAGUCCAACGGCAAGGGCCUAAAUGUUAGUACCUAUGCAUAUCCGAUGCAUCAGUCGCAUCCAGGAGGCAACUAUUACCAUGGCAAUGGCAGUAUAAGUUGUCCGACCACACCAUCGGUGAUCCCCACACCGAUCAUCUAUGGCGUCAGCAACUCGAGUCCAGAGUUGUCCAACCCGUCGCCCCUGCAUAUUGCCGCGCCUGGACACUAUACCACACCGCCCCUCCUCUCGCCAACCUCUCCGCCACCUCAAUCAAUGACACGCUACUCAGUUCCAAAUCAUCCACCCUUCCCUCUUUACGUGCAGAGCCAACAACAUCAACAUCCACAACACCCACACCACGCGAUGUCUCAAUCACAUCCACUUCCUCAACAUCAUCAACAGCUUCUUCAUCAACAGCACCAACAACAACAGCAGCACAAUCUUCAUCGGUAUUAUUCAAACGCGUCAACAGCGCCAACAACACCAACUCAAGUUCCACUCAACCCAAACGUGAUGAUGAGGUCCACGACGACGACGUCUGGAACAGCGCUGCCGCCAUACCCAACAUACUAUGGUGCGCCUCAGGACAUGUACUUCAACGGAAGUUACCCAAGCUCUCCAACCUCUGCUCAAGCGCCAACCAUUCAGUACUACACAUCACAGCAGCUUCAACAACAUCAACAACAACAGCAACAACAACUACAACAACAACAACAACAACAGCAACAGCAACAGCAUAUGGCAUCGACGUCAGCCAACCAACAUCCUCCAUCAUAUCAGCCAAACAAUGGCCGUGAGAAGCUCGUACAUCCAACCAGUGAUACCCAGCAAUCAAGUGCCGGUAACAAUUAA